GCAGCGGCUGAACCGUAAUCUGUUAAAACGAAAGUGAAAACCCCACCACUGGAGAGGAAGCUGUUGUAAGAAAAUUAAGUCUUCGACGGACACGCGAUCUCGAGGAAACCGUUCCGUGCUUUACAUAGUUCUGGUGAUCGCGAUCGACGCGGUUGUGCAUUUCGAUUGUGCUUAGUUGUUUGUUUUCUUCUUACAAGUGGAGGUUUAAUUGGAUAUGACAUAUGCUAACAGCUUGUGACAAGUAACCAAAGAAAAUACCAGCCAUAACUUCACAAUCCAGAGGCACUUGAAUUAAAGAUGUACAAAAUUUUAGCUAUCUCCCUAGUUUUAGUUCUUUCUUCUGUAGCAGGUAUUCAUGACUCGAACAUUUUUCAUUCGUACCAGCAUGAUGUUUACCAAGGUAUACAUAACUCCCCAUUAAUUGACGGAUAUGGAGAUGAUUAUCAACAUGGCGCCGUACCAGGAAGAGACCAGUGCCAAAUUUACAAAGUAGGUUUUACGCAGGACCUCUACUUCCAGUACAUUCAAUACAAAACACAGAUUCCUGAUUUGAAACAGUUUACUUUGUGUUAUUGGAGCAAAUUUUAUAACCACAGUAAUGAUCAUCCAUUAUUUUCUUAUGCAGUUGAUGGCCAGCCUCGUGCCAUCUACUCCUGGAUAUCUAAUACAGAAAGAUCCAGUUAUUUCAGUCUCUCCGUGGAAGGGCACACCUUUUAUAGGCUUAAUUAUCCACUUCGCUUAAACCGAUGGUAUCACACGUGCCAAAGUUGGAAUGGGAAAACGGGAGAGUGGCAAAUAUGGGUCAACGCAGAGCGAGUAGGAAGAGGUUUUCACAAUAGGUUGGUUGGACAUGUAAUUCCUGGACGAGGGGUAGCCAUAACUGGACAAGAACAGAGUCAGUUAGGAGGAGGUUUUCAAGAAGGAGCUCACGCUCCAAAAGGUUCUGGUGGGAUGCUUGGUGAAAUUACAAUGGUUCAACUAUAUAAAGUAGCUCUUACCGCUGGUAAGGCUCACAAAGAUCAUAAACACCAUCACGCACAUCAAUUUGAUCACAACGGAAGAGCCAUAACUACUCCAGCGCCAACUACACCUGCAAGCAGAGCGCUCCUACCUCAGCAUCCUCUUCUUACUUCCGGACAACUUAAUAAAAACAUCCGACUCAAUUUUGCCGGAGGAGAUCAACCACAAUUGGUACCAGGUCAACAAUUUGAUGCUCAGUUUGCCAACGGUCAAUUUGUAGGUAACUUGGUUACUCAACAGUUACUGCAAACACAACAAAAAUUGCAGCCCCAACCGCAACUACAACCUCUACCCCAACCACAAUCCCAACUGCAACCGCAAGCUCUAUUUUUACCAGCCCCACCUCAAUCUCCCAAUAAUGAUGUAGGGUCCUUUUCACGGCAGUAUAUCAAUUUUGGAAGCUCUCCGAUAGUCGAUAAUGAUUUUAAUCAUGCUUUAGGAUCUAACGCAGCUCCUCCAUACGACGGUGAGCUAGAAACUCACAAUGUAUUUAAAAGGCAAAGUAGUAGUUCUAGUAAUAAGAAAGCUUCUAUUAAACAAAAGAAGAGACAGACAAUAGGUGGUAGCUUCUUUGAAGAAUCUAUCUUAGAUAACCGUGGUGCAGCUUAUAAUUUCGAUCAAAGUCUAUUGUAUGGUUUAGCCGGUAUAGGACAAAAUGAGCAAAUUUCCGAAAAACAAAAAGAAACAGAAGACGAGAGGGAGCCAGCAGAAGCAGAAGUUAAAGCAGUCCUUAAUGUAUGUACAGGGUGCGAUGAAGAACCAUUCGAAAAAGCAUUAAUAUUUGGUUGGAGGACUGUACCGAAGAAAUUAUAUUCUGGUGCCUUUUACACGCCUGCUGUGUCUGAAUGCAAAGUGUUUUAAAAUUUAUAGAAACGUUUUUGUAAAUACGUUAUUUUACUCACUGCCAUCGAAACGUUAGACAGUAUAAUGUUUAGUAUUAUUAAUUUAGUAUUUAUACUUUGUUAUUUUUUUUUUAUUAAAUGUUAAUAAAAUUAUAUUUGCUAGAACAA